UCACACACAUACACAGACCCAAGCAAUAUUUAGAGAAAGAGAGAGAGAGAGCGUUUUGAGAGAGGGGGUAUGGAGAACCAUCAGGAGGCGGAGGAGGACGGGGUGCGGCCCAUGGCGGAGGAGGAGGGGACGGUGGGGUCAAGCUUGACCAUGGAGAGGGUGGCUGCGGCCAAGCAGUUCAUCGAAAACCACUACAAGGCUCAGAUGAAGCACAUCCAGGAACGCAAGGAGAGGCGCUCGGUGCUGGAGAAGACGUUGGCAUCUUCAGAUGUGUCACAAGAGGAACAAAUCAACCUACUGAAGGAUUUAGAGCGCAAAGAGACCCAUUAUAUGCGACUUAAAAGGCACAAGAUUUGUGUUGAUGACUUUGACCUUCUGACCAUAAUUGGGAGAGGGGCCUUUGGAGAGGUUAGGCUGUGUCAGGAGAAGAAAUCAGGCAAUAUUUAUGCCAUGAAAAAGUUAAAGAAAUCAGAAAUGCUCAGCAGGGGGCAGGUUGAACAUGUUAGAGCUGAAAGAAAUUUGCUUGCAGAAGUUGCCAGUCAUUUCAUUGUGAAACUCUAUUAUUCCUUUCAAGAUGCUGAAUUCUUGUAUCUAAUUAUGGAAUAUCUUCCUGGUGGUGACAUGAUGACUUUGCUCAUGAGAGAAGAAACUUUGACCGAAACUGUUGCUAGAUUUUACAUUGCUCAAAGUGUUCUGGCCAUAGAGUCUAUUCAUAGACAUAACUACGUUCACAGAGAUAUAAAACCUGACAACCUCCUGUUGGAUAAAAAUGGUCACAUGAAGCUCUCUGAUUUUGGCCUCUGCAAGCCUCUUGACUGCUCCAAUUUAUCUUCUAUAAAUGAAAAUGAAGUCCUGGAUGAUGAGAACUUGAAUGAUACAAUGGAUAUUGAUGGAUGCUUUCCAGAUACUAAAACUGGGAGGCGUUGGAAAAGCCCCCUUGAACAACUUCAGCAUUGGCAGAUAAACAGGAGGAAAUUGGCAUAUUCAACAGUUGGCACCCCAGAUUAUAUUGCUCCUGAAGUAUUGUUAAAGAAAGGAUAUGGCUUGGAGUGUGACUGGUGGUCACUUGGUGCAAUAAUGUAUGAGAUGCUUGUUGGAUAUCCCCCAUUUUAUUCUGAUGAUCCAGUGACAACUUGCAGAAAGAUUGUGCAUUGGAAAAAUCAUUUAAAAUUUCCGGAGGUGAGAUUGACACCUGAAGCGAAGGAUCUGAUCUGUAGAUUGCUUUGUGAUGUUGAACAUAGGCUUGGCACUGGAGGGGCAGACCAAAUUAAAGCACAUCCCUGGUUCAAAGAUGUGGUAUGGGACAAACUCUAUGAAAUGGAGGCAGCGUUUAAACCAGAAGUUAAUGGGGAACUUGAUACACAAAAUUUUAUGAAAUUUGAUGAGGUAGAUCCUCCUACACCAUCAAGACGUGGAUCCGGACCAACAAGGAAGAUGCUUUUGACUCCUAAAGAUCUCAAUUUUGUUGGUUAUACGUACAAGAACUUUGAGGCUGUCAAAGGGAUGCAUAAUUCUUUUGAUUUGAAGGGGAGCACUUCACCAAAGCGGUCAUCCACCGACUCUUCCCACAGUGAUUCUGGAGUGGACUACUCUGCUGACGACCUAGAAACUAAUGUGCUUGUGUCAUCAGAGGAUGCCAUGUCACAGUGAAGAGCAGCCAACCCUUACCAUGUAAAACUUCUCGUGGAACGGAUAGUCGGGAACGGAUAGUCGAGCCCUCUUACGAAGAUGGUGGCCCUGGUGGGUAUACCUGCUUAUUUUUGGGUCAGGUUUUGCCCGUUUCUGCAUUAUAAAUGAACUUGACUGGCAUAGUGUUGCAGGACUUCUAAGUGUACAGGUGAGGAACUUCAGGAAUGGCCCUUGGUAGGUUGGUUUGUAGCAUGAGUAGUAGUUCUAAUUGGAAGUUUUUGCAUCAGGUAGGAAUUUUUAAGCCAUAUUCUGGUCCUGACUACCCAGGUUGGCAUACUCAUGCCUUCGCUUGUGGCAGUUGCUGGCCUUUUUCUAUGCUUUUUCAGUUUUGUUUUGUUCUUCAUGAUAGUCUAGGAAGCUGUGAAAUGCUUUCAUGGCUGUAUUGAAGAUAAACCUUCUGAUAACUGGUAUUGUAUGUAUGGACAGCCUAGUGAGCAAAAUAUGAAAUCAAGUUGUUGUUUCCAAA